ACGUGGACCAAUUGCCAAUAUACAAAUUGCAAGAGGAAUGUUGUAAACCUGUAUAAAUGCAUGAUGGCAUCCACUGAUUUAGAGAGGUUGUCGGACAUCCCACCCCAAGACGCAUUGUGCGAAGAGUCCUCGAUGCAGUACGAGCCGCAGAACUCGCAGCCGGACGUCGAGUUCGGCUUCGGCAAAGGACGCAAUGAGACAUCGGCAUAUGCAAGGAAGGUGGACCUGAACAUGCCGCUCCUUGUUAUCACGGUCGUCGGAGCCAUCUUUCUGCUCUUCACGUCGUCGUUCCGGCCAAUUGUGCUUGUUUUGACGUUCUGCGGGUACGGCGCGGUGUUUUCGUUGUACCUGAGCCAUUGGGUGCUCUCGAAAGACGAUGGUACCCCUGAUAUGCGGGAAGUGUCCAUCCCGAUCCGCGAAGGCGCCGAGGGGUUCCUCCGCAUCCAGUACACUGCAAUCUCGCAAAUUGCGGUUGGCUUGGCGCUCUUGAUCUUCUUCAGCUACUCGCUGCGUCCCAACUCGGUGCAUGCGUCCGGUGUGGAGAAACUCGGCAACGUCACGCUCGGCAUCCUCGGUGCGAUCUCGUUUGGUCUUGGGGCUGUGUGUUCAGCCGGCGCGGGUUACAUCAGCAUGUGGGUGUCGGCGCAGUCAAAUAUUCGUGUCGCCAGUGCGGCCCGACGAUCGUACGGUGAAGCGUUGUUGAUCUGCUUCCGCGGCGGAGCGUUUUCUGCAGUCCUGGACAUCACGUUGUGCGUGGCGGGGGUGAGCAUCCUGUAUGUGCUGCUGCACGCCGCGUUCACGCCGCUUGUGAGUGCGACCGAGAUCCCGAUGCUCAUGGUCGGGUACGGUUUUGGGGCGUCGUUUGUGGCGUUGUUCAUGCAACUGGGCGGUGGCAUUUACACCAAGGCGGCGGACGUCGGUGCCGAUUUGGUCGGAAAAGUCGAGCAAGGCAUUCCUGAAGACGACCCGCGCAACCCUGCUGUGAUUGCCGAUUUGGUCGGCGACAUGGUUGGCGAUUGUGUCGGGAGCAGCGCCGACGUGUUUGAAAGCGUGGCGGCCGAGAUUAUUGGCGCUAUGAUCCUGGGUGGGUCGCUUGCAAAGGAAGGCGGCAUCGAGUCGCCCGUCGCGUUUGUCUUCUUUCCCGUCGUUGUGCAUGCAUUCGACAUCAUCGUGUCGUCGAUUGGAAUUUUGUGCGUGACCGAACCGAGCCCGACCGAGUCGGACCCGAUGACGACGUUGCAGCGAGGGUACACCAUCACGCUGCUCUUGGCCCUCCUUGGCUUUGGCCUCAGCACACGCUGGCUCCUGUACACGGCCGUCGCACCGUCCGGCUGGUUCAACUUCUUUUUGUGCGGGCUGGUCGGCAUGGCGACGGCCUAUGUCUUUGUCAAGUCGACGCAGUACUACACCGACUACGCGUACACGCCGGUGCGAUCGAUUGCAAAGGCGAGUACGACGGGCCAUGGCACCAACAUCAUCACGGGCGUCGCGGUCGGGAUGAAGUCAACUGUCGUACCGACGCUUAUGGUGAGCUUCAGCGUGAUCGCUGCGUAUCGAUUGGGUUCGUCGUCUGGCAUCGGGAGCGGUCGCACGGGCGGGUUGUUCGGCACUGCCGUCGCGACCAUGGGCAUGCUCAGCUCGGCUGUGUUUGUUUUGGCCAUGAACAACUACGGCCCGAUCGCCGACAACGCGGGCGGGAUCGCCGAAAUGAGCAGCCAGCCAGAGUAUGUGCGCGAUGCCACCGACAAAUUGGAUGCCGCGGGCAACGUGACCAAAGCGAUCACAAAGGGGUACUCGAUCGGGUCGGCCGCCCUCGCGUGCUUUGUUUUGUUUGGCGCGUUUAUGGACGAGUUCAGUGCGUUCGCUGGCGUCCCGUUCACGACAGUCGACAUCGCGACGGUCGAAGUCCUCGUGGGGGGGCUGCUUGGGACCAUGAUGGUGUUUUUCUUCACGGGGCUUGCGGUCGCCGCCGUCGGCGACACCGCGGGCGACGUGGUCCUGGAAGUCCGCCGUCAGUUUGAGAUGUAUCCGGGCAUCAUGCAAGGCACGCAAAAGCCAGACUACCGCACGUGUGUCGCACUUGUCACAAAGGCUGCGCUGAAGCAGAUGCGGCUCCCGGGGCUCUUGGCAGUGCUCAUGCCGGUCGCGGUCGGCCUCAUCUUCCGCGUGGUUGGCGAGUACCAAAGCAAGCCGCUGCUUGGCGCCGAAGUUCUCGCCGGGUACCUCAUGUUUGGCACGGUCACAGGGAUCAUGAUGGCGCUUUUCCUCGACAACGUCGGGGGUGCAUGGGACAAUGCAAAAAAGUACGUCGAACUCGGCAACUUUGGCGGCAAGGGCAGCGAAGCCCACAAGGCGGCCGUCACCGGGGACACGGUCGGCGACCCGUUCAAGGACACGGCGGGCCCGGCGCUGCACGUCGUGAUCAAGCUGCUGUCGACAACGGUACUCGUGCUGGGGCCGUUGUUCGUCACGCAUGUCGGGCACGGGGUGUAGCAAACGAUAAUGAAAAUCAAACCGACUUUGGUCGCGGCGGCGGCGGCAGGAGGCGCUACGCCCUCGCGAUCGUGAUUGGAAACACGGGAUUGUCGACGCGGUGCAGCGACGUGCCGCG